AUAUCGUGUAUUUUCAAAUAAACGUACUCAAUUUGGAUUCAUCACUUCUUUCGUACCAUUGACAUUCAAUGGCUACUCGUCAAUAUUACAAUUUAGAAUCGUUUCAAACUUAAAGAGAAAGAGAACAUAUUAGACAACCAACAUAAUCACUGGCACUAGAAUGCUUUUGCCAGUUGAGGACCUUGAGGUUGGGGACACUAGAGUACAAUCUUAUAGAAACCAAAACGUACCAUAUUUUGCUCGCUUUCAACCACGAAUGAAAAGAAACCAAAACGUACCAUAUUUUGCUCGCUUUCAACCACGAAUGAAAAGGAUGCAAGUGAUACCAACCACCCAAUUGAACAAAAAAAAUCUGACUUCGGCCCCACGCAUGGACCCUAGCACAAUUUCAGCCUUUAAUCCUAACAAUUAGAUGUGCUAUUGACAGUCCUCGAUUUCUAGCCGGUGAUGCGUAAACCGCACAUUACAUAAAUGGUCAUAAAUCAUUCAUGCACACAAGCGUGUAGCUACUGAACUUCGUAACAUUUCUCUUAACAAUUAUUUGAUCAUUUCAUAUUUCUAUAAAUAUUCAGCCCCCGGUGACUGUUACCUUCAAAAUUGUGAUUUGUAGUGACAGCAGCAAUGGACUUUAGGUGUUCCAAGGACGUUGCUCUUUUCAUUCUCUUCAACAUCAUAUUCUCGUCCCUCAGUUCCUCUCAUAAGGUUCCAUGCCCUCCUGCAAGUCCUUCCUCGCCUCCCUCUAUAAAGGAGCAAGCCAAAUGCCCCAAAGAUACCCUUAAGUUUGGUGUUUGUGGGAGUUGGUUAGGCUUGGUGACCGAGGUUAUUGGGACUAAACCCAGCAAGGAAUGCUGUACCCUAAUAAAGGGUGUCGCAGAUCUUGAAGCUGCAUUGUGCCUCUGCACUGCAAUUAAGGCCAACGUCUUGGGAAUAGUCAAGCUCAAUGUUCCUGUUGCUUUUAGUUUGCUUGUUAAUGCAUGUGGCGGAAACGUGCCACAAGGCUUUGUCUGUGCUUAAUAGAACUCAUCGAUCUCAACCUUGAUUUGAAUUAAUCACUGUUUGACAUGUACUCAUUCAUAGUUUCUGUUAAUUUGUUUCAUGGAAUAAACCAGAUUCAGUUAGGUGUGUAAUUUACAUUAUGCAUGGUUUAGCUAUAGCCAAAACUUUAAUGAAAAUGACUGAUGUACGGAAGGCA